AUGGCCCCUCCUGCACUCCAUGACCAUAUACAAGAACCCGGCGCCUCCAGCUCGGGCACACCCGCCGAGUCUCCGUCAAUACCUGAAAGUAUGGAGGUAGAGGUCGCUGCUGGCUUCAGAGCCUUGGACCUCGAAAGCGACGGUAUCAGGGGUCGCGGCGCAAAUGGUACUACUGCGCAGACAUGUAACGCGGCAUCGAAGUCAUGGCCCUUGUCACAGGGGAGGAAAGACCCACGUUUGUCUGCAGGAGACGUCCACAAGGGGUUCAUCGACGUUGAAAACUGCGGGCUCGUUAUCAUCACAGAUGACGGCGGUUUCGUCGAGUCUCUGCGCCCUAAGACUGUCGAUAACCACAUCUCCGCCUCGUCUGCUAUUGCAGAAAUCCAAGAGGAGCUGGAGGCUCUCAGUCUGCUAAGCCCAUGCCCCAACCUCGAAAGCGGCUUCCGGAUCUACUUCUCAGGCGAGACAACGACCGGCUUUCAACGCGUCAGCUUCAUCUCUGGUAUCACGACUGUCAACUUCGGCCGCAGGGCCCUCGUCCCCGGCACCGCGAUAUUCGACUUCGGCGAAACGACCCGCCAAACGCUUGGGCGAGCCCAACGUCCCCCCGGGCGGCAAGCGACCUCGCCUCAUACGCCGCCCUCGUCAGGGUCACCGAGUUGGAUUGAGGAGCUGAGGAGCCACGGUCAAGGAUCUACUUACCUGCGCAAGAUCUCCAAUCUGGUCGAUCUUGGGAUCUGCCCAGUGGUCGUCAUGUGA